AUGUUUAGAAAUAACUAUGACAACGAUUCGGUGACUUUCUCGCCUCAAGGUCGUAUCUUCCAGGUCGAAUACGCCAACGAAGCCGUCAAGCAAGGUUCCGUUGUUGUUGGUAUCGUCAGCAAGACCCACGCAGUCCUCGCCGCCAUCAAGCGUAAUGCCGAAGAGCUAUCAUCAUACCAAAAGAAGAUAAUACCCAUCGACUCGCACUACGGUGUCGCACUCGCUGGACUUGCCUCAGACGCACGCGUCUUGUCGAACUUCAUGAAGCAGCAGUCGCUUGCAUCGCGCCUUACUUAUGACCGCGCGAUCCCCCUCUCCGAGAUCACACUCCGCAUCGCAGACCGAGCACAGACAAACACUCAGCAAUACGGCAAGCGACCCUAUGGCGUGGGACUGCUCAUCGCAGGCGUGGACCAGAAGGGACCGCAUCUAUUCGAAUUUCAGCCAAGUGGAGUUACCCAGGAGAUGGUUGCGUGCGGCAUCGGAGCUCGUUCCCAAAUGGCAAGAACAUACCUAGAGAGGCACUUGGACGAAUUCGCGGACUCUGGCCGAGAGGAGUUGGUCAAGCACGCGUUGAGGGCUCUUAAGGAGUCAUUAAGCCAGGAUAAGGAGCUGACUGUGGACAACACCAGUGUUGGAGUGUCCGGUGUGGGGGAGAACUUUGCGUUGUAUGAGGGCCAGGACAUUGCGGAGUGGCUUGAUGCAACGUUCGAGAACCAGCAGGGAGGAGACGAA